UAGAGUAGCACUUUAAAGUCAGUCGGCUUUUCGAUGCCGGUCGGUAUAGUUGUGUUUAUAUUUAGUGUAGUAUGCAAUCAUAAUGGCUGGCAGAAUGCUAAAAUUCAUAAGAGGGAAGGGUCAACAGCCCUCUGCUGAACGACAGAAACUUCAAAAUGAACUGUUUGCCUUUCGCAAGACAGUGCAACACGGCUUUCCGCACAGAGCAUCUGCCCUCGCAUGGGACCCGCUACUCCGGCUCGCCGCUCUCGGCACCGCUACCGGAGCUCUCAAGGUCUACGGACGCCCCGGUGUCGAGUUGUACGGACAACACACGAACCCUGACUCCGCUGUUACCCAAAUACACUUCAUAUCUGGUACAGGUCGUUUAGUAUCACUAUGCGACGACAACAGUUUGCAUCUCUGGGAGAUAAACGAGAAGUCUUUAGUAGAGUUGAAGUCACAUACACUAGAGGGCAAGAACAAGAGGAUAUCCGCGCUUUGUGUGGAAGCCAGCGGCAAAGGACUGCUGCUGGGUACCGAGGCCGGCAACAUAUACACACUCGACCUCAACACAUUCACAUUGCACGAGGAUGUCAUAUACCAGGAUGUUGUUAUGCAAAAUUGUCCAGAAGAUUUCAAAGUGAAUCCGGGCGCAGUGGAGGCGAUAUGCGAACAUCCUAAAGUACCUACACGCAUCCUGGUCGGCUUCAACCGCGGCCUGGUGGUGCUGUGGGACCGCACUGCAGCCUCGCCUACACACACCUUCGUCUCCAACCAACAGUUAGAAAGUCUCUGCUGGAAUGAUGAUGGCGAACAUUUCACAAUAUACCAGGAUGUUGUUAUGCAAAAUUGUCCAGAAGAUUUCAAAGUGAAUCCGGGCGCAGUGGAGGCGAUAUGCGAGCAUCCUAAAGUACCUACACGCAUCCUGGUCGGCUUCAACCGCGGCCUGGUGGUGCUGUGGGACCGCACAGCCGCCUCGCCUACACACACCUUCGUCUCCAACCAACAGUUAGAAAGUCUCUGCUGGAAUGAUGAUGGCGAACAUUUCACAUCCUCACAUAACGAUGGUUCUUACGUGACGUGGGAGGUGGCAGGAGCGGCAAGCGACAGACCCUUAAAGGAACCCAUAACCCCCUACGGACCUUACCCCUGCAAGGCCAUCUCCAAAAUACUCAUCAGGACCAGUGUUGAUAAUGAAGAAAUCACCAUAUACGCCGGUGGCAUGCCUCGAGCUUCAUAUUCCGACAAAUAUACAGUGACAGUGCAGCAAGGCGACAAGCAUGUGGCAUUCGACUUCACAAGCCGUGUGAUCGACAUGUUCACGACGACGCCGGUGCCGCCGGACGGCGCGCCGCUGCAGGAGGAGCGGCCCGGCUCGCCCGCGCUGCUCGCGCACCACACCGUCAACCAAGUCGCCGCGGCACUGGUGGUGUUAGCGGAAGAGGAGCUGGUUGUGAUAGACCUGUGCGACGCGCGCUGGCGGCCGCUGCGGCUGCCCUACCUGGUGUCUGUGCACGCGUCGGCCGUCACCACUGCACAGCUCGUCGACAAUGUUGCACAUAAUGUGUAUGACAAUAUUGUUGCCGCGGGUCAGCAGCAGACGGAGAACGUGUACUCCGAGGGGGCGUGGCCUAUCUCGGGGGGCGUGUGCGAGGGCGUGUCGGGGGGCGCGGGCGAGCGGCAGCUGCUGCUGACGGGGCACGAGGACGGCUCCGUGCGCUUCUGGGACGUCAGCGGCGUCGCCAUGACACCGCUCUACAAGUAUACUACCGCGCAGCUGUUUAGCGGUGAAGAAAUAGGCGAGAAUAACGAUAGUCAAAAUGACGAGGAAGAAUGGCCGCCAUUCCGACGUGUCGGCACAUUUGACCCCUACAGCGAUGAUCCGAGACUAGCUGUUAAACGAGUUAUACUUUGUCCCUUAUCGGGUAUGCUUACGAUUGGUGGAGCGGCAGGACACAUCGUUGUAGCCAGCCUCAAGACUACCGCUAGCACUGCGGAAGUUAAAUCUAUGUCAGUGAACAUCGUGUCUGAUCGCGACGGCUUCGUGUGGAAGGGACACGACCAGUUGACACUCCGCGCCGGCACGCAUACCUUCCCGCAAGGAUAUCAGGCGAGCGCGGUUGCGCAGCUGUCUCCGCCGGCCGCGAUCACGGCGCUGAUCAUUCUGGUGCCGGAGACACACCGAUAUCGAGACGGAAAUCGUUCAAAAAAUCAUUCUGGUGCCGGAGAUACACCGAUAUCGAGACGGAAAUCGUUCAAAAAGUCCCUCCGAGAAUCAUUCCGACGUCUAAGGAAAGGCAGGUCGCAGCGGCGGCAGAACACUUCCAGCCCCACCUCCCAGUCACAACCUGCAGUAAAGAAGCCAGCGGACAAGAUAUCGGAAACAGAGGAGGUGAAGCCGAUAGAAAGGGCAGUGGAAGCGCGCUCCAAUGAUGAUGCGUUUGGCUCUAUGGUGCGCUGUCUGUACUUCGCUAGGACAUUCCUUAUCAAUACACAAAACUCGACGCCGACGCUUUGGGCGGGCACCAACAAUGGCACGGUGUACGCUUUCACGAUACACGUACCUAACACGAACAAGCGGAAAGAAGAGCCAGUAACGUGCCAAUUAGCAAAGGAAAUCCAACUGAAACACAGAGCUCCAGUUAUCGGCAUCACAGUGUUAGAUGGAGCCUCAGUCCCAUUGCCGGAUCCUUUAGAGGUGGAACGUGGUGUAUCCGCGCUGCCGGAGGCGGGCACUCACCGCGUGCUGAUCACCUCGGAGGAGCAGUUCAAAGUGUUCACGCUGCCUUCGCUCAAGCCACACAACAAGUACAAGCUGACCGCACACGAGGGCGCCAGGGUGCGUCGUACUGCGUUCGCGUGGUUCGAAUGUGCGUCUGGCGGGGAGACGCACCGCGAGUGGUGCCUGCUCUGCCUCACCAACCUCGGCGACUGCCUCGUGCUCAGCCCCGAGCUGCGCCGCCAGCUCAACGCCGCCGCCGUGCGCAAGGAGGACAUCAAUGGUAUUUCAAGUCUGUGCUUCUCGAAACGUGGCGAAGCUCUCUAUUUGCACUCGUCAUCUGAACUGCAGAGGAUUACGUUAUCUGCGACUAAGGUGACGAUAGCUCAGUGCCACAUUCUGCUGGCGCCGUGGGCGGCCGCGCUGCGCGGCCCAGCAGAGGAGACACCUCUAACUAACGGUGAACACAAGGAGGAGACGGCGGAGACGGUGCACGACGUGACGGCGGCGUCGGGGGACAUC